AUGGACGUAAAGACGAAGGCACUGAGGGGCGCAAAUGCUGUCCGCCAGUCAUCGUUGAUGAACCCAGGGGUCGAGGACAUUCUUGUUCUACGAAAGGAGAGAAUGAUUAAAACCCUGUUCGACAUCCUAUAUUAUGAUCCCAUAAUAGAUGCCUAUGUGGCUGCAGCACGCGGAACAAAGGGUAACAAAGACUUUGUGCAUAGCACAGGCAAGGAUGGUCUUCUUGGGACUAUUGGAAGUCAUGGACAUGACAAGCUUGUCACUCUAAGAUCCAUAGGUAUCGAUUGGGAUGGCUAUAUCAAGCAAAGUACCGCAGAACUUUUGACGCGGAAGGAAGAUGAGGAGGAAAGUUUGCUUGAACAGUGGCUGCGUCGAAUCAAGAACUGUGAAGAAGGAAAAGAUCUAUAUCUCAGCGGCCAUAGUCUGGGAAGCGCAAUCGUUCAGGUCUACGCCAUUCUCGCCAUUCUCUCGGGCCGUUUCAAGACCGUGUAUCUGGAUCUAUAUGGCACUUUCCCCAUCUUUGACCAAGUCGCAGCCGAUGCUUUCAACAAAGACACUCGAAUUGUCUGCAACAAUUUCCAGUACCUUUCGGAUCCUGUGCCACUGAUGAAAAGUUUAACGACCGCACUACUCUACCGCAAUUUUUUGUCGUUGCAGAUGGUUCAGGAAUUCCAAAGGAACGAUCCCGACAAGCUCACAAAGCAUGUGGGAAAGAUUUGGUACGGCAAUUUCGCCCCAGCCCAUGAUAUAUCCAUAAAUAUCAAACCUAAGCUUGAGUUUGUUUGGGCUCAUAAUCUUGACUCCUACAUGGAUGGCUUUCUUACAACCGAUAUAUGGGCCGCAUGGAAAGAAUUCCAACAAAACGAGGGCAUGAUCCAGGUUGUGCGGUCUAGCACUGAUGAAGAGAGAGACAAGGCUGUCAAGGAUGCAGAAGGUCAAUACCUGAAGUCAAAGUGA